GUCUGACACGCGUCACGGUCCAGCCCAAGAGGCUUGGGCAAUUGGCCAUGUCGUUUCGCGCCUGGGCGGCAGCAUCACCGAGAUCUGUCGGGGAGCCUCGAGCGGUUGGUCGCCGCGCAGUGCCGCCGUAACAGACUAGAGUGAGUGGACGACUAACAACAGCUGGGCUGGCUGGGCUGUGCAGCUGGGCGGCUUGGGUUCGUCCCUGGGCGGUGUUGCAGCUGGGAUCUGGAGACGGGAUGAUCGAGGCCGAGAAGGAGGAUGAUGGCCUGGAUGGCCUGGAUGGCUGGGCCGCACUGCUGAAGGUGGAGCACCUGCACUGCCAAACCGCCCCCAAGGGCCAAGUCCUAUUCAUCCGAAGUUACAGAUUGGAUUUCAGAUGGUCAAUCACCAGUCUGGGCCAGACUCAUGCCGUUUAUUAUUACGAGGCAGGCAGGGCAGGCAGGGCAGGCAGACACGUUCUAGGCGCUGGCUGAUGCUUCCUUCCCCCCCAAGAAAUCCUCCGCCACCAUUUUCAUCUCAUAUAUGUGGGCCUGCAAAUCCCAACGCUGACUAGACUGCAGGGGCAACACACCAGGAGCUGAGCAGCAGGCAAUCAACCCAAAGUUACCAAGUUAGGUACUUUAGUACGCUUCCCAUUCAAUACAAUCGCCUUGAUUCCCAGUCGGCUUCAUCUUCCCUCUCUCGACCUCUCGACCUCGUUCCUCUUAUUCUCCACCUCCUGUUGUGACUCACCUGUUUCCUGCAGUUGGUUCACUUGCCUUGCGACCACAAAACACCCAAGUCAGACCCACAAGAUAGACAGACAAUCUACCUUGGUACCAGCCCAAGCAACCCUUGCUGCGCCCACUACUCCGUGCAGGACCAUCGUGAACAACCUUGGAAGAUCAGCACCAGAACACAACCACAACCGCCCAACAUGCAGAUCACAACUCUCCUCACCACCGCUGCCAUCUUUGUCGCCUCGGCCAGCGCCCAGUCGGCGGAGGCCACGCCCACCACCACCACCGCCCCGACCUCGACCGGCAGCGGCAGCGGCAGCGGCAGCGGCAGCGGCGGCGAUCUCAACAGCCUCAUCAGCCAGCUGCCCCAGUGCGCCAUCACCUGUCUCGACUCUUCCGCCCCUACCAUCGGCUGCAGCGCCUCCGACCUGACCUGCCUGUGCUCCAAGUCCGACCAGCUUGUCACAUCCAUUGGCACCUGCAUCCUGCUCAACAGCGGCUGCUCACCAGAGGAGCAGGGUCAAAUCCAGAGUCUUGCAGGUAACCUCUGCAGCGACGUCAGCGCCGCAAACCCGGCCGAGCUCGCCUCCGCGUCCAACUUUAUCAAUUCGGCGAUCGCCACCGGCACCACCGCGGGCGCCUCCAUCCCAACGAGCUCGCCCACCGGCAGCAGCAGCAGCGGCAGCAGCAGCAGCAGCUCGAGCGAGAACGCCGCCGGCCGGGCGGACACGCCCCUCGCAGGCAUGAGUGCCCUGGGCGCCGUCGCGGCCUUUGCCGUGCUUGCUCUCUGAAUGAAAUGAGAUUUUCGUUUCGUGGGCUUCUUUCUCUUCCAAUUUUGGUUUUCUGCCCGGGGGACGAAUGAAUGAUUGGAGACCUUUCCACGGCGUUAAGGGUUGAGCAUUUUUACGUGUUAGCACGCCCGGCAGACCCGGACAUACAGGGUUGGGAUUUGCGGCGGAUUGCUCCCGUGGUUGCCUCCGUGACGGGCUUGCAUGUGAUGACAGACUAGACUUGAGGGCAUAUUUGGCGAUACAUUGCACUCCCCACAGUGAUUGGGUUGUUGAGCUUGCUUGAUGAGAAAUUGAUUAUCUUUCAUAACGAGAACACUUUCUUGAGUCGGACUCCUGACGUACUAAGUGACCUUUGUGGACGAAAAAAAAAGGGUUCAUAUUUGCUAAUCAGCCUUGCACCAUCCAAGCCACAACGGGGUAUUAUUUAGAAGACCUGGGCUGGAGGACACCAUUUGGGAUCACGCAAGCAUUCAUUCCGCUAUCCUUAAAACGCAACCCACCCAAGCAGACCAGCCCCGAGCGCCACGACCAGCGCAACCCUGGACGAGGAGCCACGGUCCGCGAAAACCGAGCCCUCAGACGAGGGGGUCGUAGUGGCCGACGCCGAAGAGCCCGCCCCGGUGGCGGUGUCGGCGCCGCCCGAGAUGCCGGUCGGCUCGCUGGGGUGAAGGGCCGAGUUGGUGGUCGACUCGGAGCUCAGGGUCAGGGUCAGGCUGCCGCUGCCGCUGUCCGUGGCGGUUGCUGACGUUGCGGUUUCGGUGCCGGUGGUAGGGACCGCGGUGGACGAGAAAGUCUGGAUCGGCCCGCCCGGGUUGAGGCCCGACACGAGCGAGUCGGUGGUCAGCGGCUCCGAGACGGCGGCGGCCUCGGCAUGGUUUGCGGCCAGGGCCGUCGAGGGCGCGAGGAGGAGGGGGAGGGGGAGGAUGUAGCUGAAGGCCCUCAUUUUUCUGUUUUUGUUUCUUAUUUUGUUGAUUGGCUGGGUGUACGUCAACCUGCUGUGUAUUUAUGUGUUGGAUCGAGAAGCUCUUGGCACCGGAAUGGAUGCAAGAAGGACUUGGCAGGCGACCAGCUGCAGACCGUCGAGACCUUGAUUGCCUUUUAAAGGCGAUCCUCCUGUCCUUUCUCGCACCAUAUCGCGCCAGCUGUCGAGAUCCAACAGGAGCUAUAGCUAUUCCCAGUCUUGGCAGGGAUCCCCGAGGAGGCACGUCACCCCAGUGGCCAGGAUGUUUCCCACUGUCCACCUCGCCAGCUCGCCUGCCCGCGCCGUGGUAUCGAUCGGUCGCGUACGGUGCGGGGUGGUGUCAAACAAGACAAGCUUUCCCGGGGACGCCACCGGAGUGGGUGAUUGGCCGUGUGGGGUCGGGGGUGGUGAGGGGGGCUUGCAUUGCUUGCUGUCGCCCCCCGAUGGACGAUCGGUGCCACCACCAGUGGGGACGCAUCAUCACGGACUCGGUGAGGGCUUCCAACCAAGGCAGCUGGGGCUCAUCAUGAAACACUGGGCUUGCCGGUCGUUGCACUUGCAGUAGCUCAUGGUCGACUUCGGUUGCCGCCCCGCCCAGUCAGGGAGGAUCUGGCCGGCCGUUGGUGUGAUGCUACCUGGCAGGCUGGCAGGCCAGCGUAUCCCGUGGCUCCAUCACCUCUUGUGGAUGCCUUCUUGUCGGCCCGUUGGGAGCACCACCCGCGUCUUGUCACAGGCAUGAUGAGUGCUCAGUGGUUCUGAGACCUCGGGAUGAGGGUUUGAU